AUGGACUUCAUAACAUGCUUGGAUGAUUAUGGCUUAGUUGAUGCAGGCUAUAGUGGCAAUAUCUUUACUUGGACUAACGGCAGGAAAAGGGCAAAUAGGAUUUGCAAAAGGUUAGAUAGAGAACUUUACAAUGAAGAAUGGAAUAACAUUAUGGGCAUUACAUUGGUGAAACACAAAGCCAAGACUGGAUCUGACCACAACCUUAUCCUUCUUACUUGUAAGGAUCUUUCUAACAAUUUCAUAAAAUAUUUCAGAUUUCUUAACUUUUGGACUUUGCAGCCAAGUUUUUUACAGGUGGUUCAAAGCUCUGGGGAGGAAGAAGUGCAGGGUAACUCUAUGUGGAUCCUACAAGAAAAAUUGAAAAAGCUUUCAAAGAAAUUAAGCCAAUGGUAUAAGGACACCAUAGGGGAUGUUUUCCAACAAGUUAAGAACUAUGAGGAACUAGUUCUAGACAAAGAACAUAAGAUGGAUAAUGAUGACUCAGAAGUGAAUAGAUAG